AUGCUCGGCGUAGAAGGCUAUGGCAGCGACAGCGACUCAGAGUCCGUGAAAUCGACCUAUCCCCCAUCCCAGACCUCUCUACCACCCAAGCUCCCUGGUGCCGCGAAGAAGUCGAGCUUCACGCUACCUCCUCCCAGCAACGCCCGAGCAUCUUCCUCGUCUGGACUAUCUCUACCUCCACCGAAGACGAAGAAAGCCCCGAAGAAGAUUGCCAUAGGUCUGCCAGCACUGUCCAGAGAUGCAGAUGGCGACCGCUCCGACUCGGAUGAACGUCCAGCGGCGAAGAAGCCUCGUUUGGAGUCCGGCGCCGGUGCAUCUGCCCUCCUUUCUAUGCUUCCAGCACCGAAGAACAAGGAGCCCAUUCUUGAGAAGCAUGAAAGAGUACUCGGAGGAGGUCGUGGACCCGGUCUCGUGUUCAAGUCUGCUCCCAGCCAGCCCAGCAAAGUGACUACCGUAGAAGAAGCGGACGAAGACGAGGAGGCCGACCGACAAGACACUCUAGAAUCAUCGCACGCUGCUAUACUGGAAGAGAAGCCAGCGGAGAAACCCGCACUACCCUUCAUGCCUACGUCCGUAGCCCGAGGGAAGGCAAAUGUUUCCGUCGAGGAGAAGCAUUCCGUCCCAAUAGCCCAGAUGACCGCGUCGUCCGCCCCCGCUAUCGAUUUCUUCUCACUAGGUUCUUCGUCGCAAUCAUAUUCUCAUGCGAGUUCCUCCAAGCUUCCCUCCGUUUCCGCUGCUCCUGUGCUUCCUGGAUCUGUCGCUCUAUCCACAUUCUCGGCAGCUCCAAAAGUCAAAGAUUUUGUUCCACCCGAGCCCACACCCGAAGACCCAUAUCCAGGCUAUUACCUCAAGCCAUCCGGCGAAUGGGCAGCCUACGACACAGAUUACUAUCAGAAGUUCUACAACAAGUGGAAAAAGGAAUACGAUGCCCACGUCAGGGCUUUGGAGAAAGGCACUGCGAAAGGCUUCGAGCGGGCGGAAGAAGAGGCUGAGGAGGUCAACGCGCUCAAGGAAAUGGAAAAAGCGAAGGCGGAGUUGCAGGAACGAGAAGCCAGGAAAGCUCUGACUACCGCUCCUGCCGAUGCUCCUGCCGCUCCAAAGAUGAACAUCAAGGGCGCGGGAUUAAGUGGACGUGCACGAACGAGAGGCCAACUCUCCACACUUCUUGCUGAAGCCUACUCCAAUCGCGAGGCUUUGGAAGAGAAAAUUGCGCAAGGCAGGCGCAAUCGCAAGGAGGCCGGAAACAAAUACGGUCGGUCUUUCCAUUAUCGUAUGAAUGCAAUGCUGAAUAUCUUCUAG